AAUUGCUCCAAGUAUUUCAAUUUGUAAACUUCACAGGGAAAAUGGAAUCUGAUAUCCUUUUUUUCAAAGAAGGAUCCCUUUAGAGUGAGGUACCUAAAACUGCAAUACACUAAAUGGGGAGUAACACUGCAAUCCUAUGCUCACUUACAUGGGAGAAGCCCUAACUGAAAUCAGUGGGACUUAUUUCUCAAUAGAUAUUCCUAGGAUUGUGCCAUAAGUGUCAUCGAACACAGUGGGACUUACUUCUGAGUAAACAUGUAUAGGGUUGCACUGUAAGGGGAUAAUCUUUGUCGGAAAACAAUAUCUGAUCUCAUUGCCCCUGAUUAUUUCUGAUCAAAAUCCUUUGGGCAGACUAUGCUUUUUACUCUGCUGCAGUACGAUUUUUCUACCAAGCACCAAUCUGAAGCUUGCCUGUCAUCUUUUGAAUACAGUUUAAGACAACUAUGUUACACAUUUUUUCUCUAAUGUGAACAACUUAAUAUUUGGCAUCAUGGGCAGAAUUUAUUUCUGAACUAAAUAUUGUUAUAGAAUCAGAGUUGGAAGAGUAAUCAAAGGUCAUCUAGUCCAACCCCUUGCUGGUGCAGGAAGCCUAUCCUUGAUAGAUGGACAUCCAGCCUCUGAUUAAAAACCUGUAAUGAAGGAGAAACCACCACCUUCUGAAGCAAUCUGUUCCACUGUGAAACAGCUCAUACUAUCAAGAAGUUUUUUCUAAUGUUUAGUCUAAAUCCUUUUCCUUAUAAUUUGAACCAAUUGGUUUGGGGCCUAUCCUUCACAAAGGUUCGUCCUGCAAGACAGGGAACUGUUAUAUCCAGUUUUCUAAAAGGAUUUCUGUCGCUGAGUCAUGGCAGACAGAAGACCAGAGAAGUCAUGUGAACAAGCAUGUGAAUCACUCAGACAGCAGGAUUACGAAGUGGCGGUGAAGCACUGCACGGAGGCCCUCUUUUCCCUCAGCCGGUACCCUCCCACUCACUUCCCGGAAGCUUGUCAGGCUGAAAUCAACCGCAUCAAAAUUGAGAGUCUUCUCUAUAGAAUCGCUUCUUCUUUACAACUUAAAAAUUAUGGAAAGGCAGAUGAAGACUGCAGGCAUGUAUUGGGAGAAGGACUGGACAAGGAAGAUGACACUUUCCGUGCAGUGCUUUGCUGCAUGCAUCUUAAAGGGAAGCUGCAGAUUGUAUCGAAUGCCCUUUCUAAAUCACUGAUGGGUGAAUCACUGAACGGGAUGGUAACUAAAGAUCUGACGAGGCUGAAAACACUUCUAAUUGAAACAGAGGCAGCAGCUGGUAAAGUACCUUCAGUAUACCAUGUAGAAGAAUUGGAAGAAGGAUCUCAGGAUGGCUGGCAAUUUCGGCCCCCACCAAGGGGAGUCACAAGUAGUGAGGAGUACACGUUAUGCAGAAGAUUUUUAGAGCAAGGAAUCUGCAGGUAUAGUGCACAGUGUACUUCAGCACAUUCCCAGGAAGAGCUAACAGAAUGGCAGAAACGCUAUGCAUGUCGCUUGAUAAGGUUAAAGCAGCAGAAGGAAAACAAACAAUGUUUGGGAAGUUACAUGGAAUCCUUGAUUGAAAAAUGGAUGAAUUCAUUAUCACCUGAGAAAGUGCUUAGUGAAUGCCUAGAUGGUGUGGGAAUUGAACAUAACCCUGAACUGUCAGUUACUGUCACCACCAAAAAAUCACAACAGAUGUGGACAUUUGCUCUCACAUGUAAGCCUGCAAGAAUGCUGUAUCGGGUAGCAUUGCUUUAUGAUGCACAUCGUCCUCAUUUUAGUAUCACAACAAUAUCUGCAGGAGAUAGUACUACCCAGGUGUCACAAGAAGUCCCAGAAAACUGCCAGGAGUGGAUAGGAGGAAAUAUGACCCAGAAUGGAAUAGAUCACUCGGUGUACAAAAUCAGCAUAGCCUUUAGCACAGAAAUCUUUGGGACAUUUCGCCAAACUGUGGUAUUUGAUUUUGGGACUGAACCAGUUUUGAUGCAGCGAGUGAUGAUUGAUGCUGCUUCAACAGAAGAUCUUGAAUAUCGGAUGAAUGCACGACAACAGUUAUUAACUACAGCCAAACGUUGGGAUUCAACCUCUAAGACUAUUGUAGAAUUUGAGCCAAAUGAGACUACUGAAUUGGAUAAGAGCCUUCUGAUCAGAUACCAAAUUCCUCUAUCUGCUGACCAGUUAUUUACACAGUCUGUCUUGGAUAAAUCAUUGACCAAGAGCAACUACCAGUCACGACUGCAUGAUCUCCUUUAUAUUGAAGAAAUAGCACAAUAUAAAGAAGUCAGCAAGUUCAACAUAAAAGUGCAAUUGCAGAUUGUAGCAAGCUUCAUGCUCACUGGUGUUUCUGGAGGUGCAAAGUAUGCCCAAAAUGGACAGCUUUUUGGACGAUUUAAACUCACUGAAUCACUUUCUGAAGAUACUUUGGCAGGACGACUGGUGAUGACCAAAGUCAAUGCUGUUUAUUUAUUGCCAGUCACUAAAGAGAAGUCAAUACUGACCCAAGGAACCAAAGAAAAAGUGUAUGAAGCAGCUAUUGAAGAAAAAACAAAGGAGUAUAUCUUUUUGAGAAUAUCCAGGGAAUGCUGUGAAGAACUUAAUCUUCGAGGAGAUUGUGAAAUGCAGGUUGAACUUCAGUUUCAGUUAAACCGCUUACCCCUCUGUGAAAUGCAUUAUGCCUUGGACAGGAUCAAGGACAACAGUAUUCUCUUUCCAGAUGUCAGCAUGACUCCCACAAUACCUUGGAGUCCCAACAGACAGUGGGAUGAGCAGUUGGAUCCUAGGCUCAAUGCAAAGCAGAAGGAGGCUGUUCUGGCUAUCACAACUCCACUGUCAAUACAAUUGCCUCCUGUACUAAUCAUCGGUCCCUAUGGGACAGGCAAAACCUUCACGUUGGCUCAGGCAGUCAAGCACAUACUCCAACAGCAGGAUACUAGGAUUCUCAUUUGCACCCAUUCUAAUAGUGCUGCUGAUCUCUACAUAAAGGAUUAUUUACAUCCAUAUGUAGAAGCAGGCAAUCCCCAGGCGAGACCUCUCAGGGUGUACUUCAGAAAUCGCUGGGUAAAGACUGUCCACCCAGUUGUGCAUCAAUACUGUUUGAUUUCAAGCACGCAUUCCACCUUUCAGAUGCCUCAGAAAGAAGAUAUUCUUAAACAACGGGUAGUAGUGGUUACUUUGAGUACUUCACAAUAUUUAUGUCAACUGGAUCUUAAACCUGGGUUUUUUACACAUAUUCUGUUAGAUGAAGCUGCGCAGGCAAUGGAGUGCGAGACUAUCAUGCCUCUAGCAUUAGCAAAUAAAAAUACAAGAAUUGUCUUGGCUGGAGAUCAUAUGCAACUUAGUCCUUUUGUCUACAGUGAAUUUGCCAGAGAGAGAAAUCUUCAUGUCUCGCUACUUGACCGUCUCUAUGAACACUACCCUGCAGAAUUUCCAUGCAGGAUCUUGCUGUGUGAGAAUUAUCGCUCCCAUGAAGCUAUCAUCAAUUAUACAUCUGAACUUUUCUAUGAGGGCAAAUUGAUGGCAAGUGGAAAACAACCAGCACACAAAGAUUUCUACCCUCUGACUUUCUUCACAGCACGAGGAGAAGAUGUGCAAGAAAAAAACAGUACUGCUUUUUACAACAAUGCAGAGGUGUUUGAAGUAGUAGAACGUGUUGAAGAACUAAGGAGAAAGUGGCCGGUAGCCUGGGGAAAAUUGGAUGACGGCAGCAUAGGUGUUGUAACACCAUAUGCUGAUCAAGUAUUCCGAAUUCGGGCAGAGCUUCGGAAAAAAAGAUUAUCUGAUGUCAGUGUUGAAAGAGUGCUAAAUGUUCAGGGAAAGCAGUUUCGAGUAUUGUUUCUCAGCACAGUACGAACACGGCACACAUGCAAACACAAGCAAACACCAAUAAAACGGAAGGAGCAUUUAUUGGAAGAUUCAACUGAAGACUUGGAUUAUGGGUUUUUAUCCAAUUACAAGCUUCUCAACACAGCCAUAACAAGAGCACAGUCCUUAGUAGCUGUGGUGGGAGACCCUAUUGCUUUGUGUUCCAUUGGAAGAUGCAGGAAAUUUUGGGAAAGGUUUAUUGCCCUGUGCCAUGAAAAUGAAAGUCUUCAUGGUAUCACAUUUGAUCAGAUCAAGGCUCAGUUGGAAGCUUUGGAAUUAAAGAAAACCUAUGUAUUGAAUCCAUUGGCUCCUGAAUUUAUUCCACGAGCUCUGCGACAACAGCAUCCAUCAAACAUGAACAAACCACAGCAGUCACCACCAAAGGUGAAAGGCCAUCAUCAUAACCAGAAUGACCAUUUUCAAAGUGAUGGAAUUGUUCAGCCCAAUCCUUCGGUUUUAAUUGGAAAUCCUAUCAGAGCAUAUACUCCUCCACCACCACCACCCCCUCCUCCUCCUGGGCCACAUUCCAACCUUGGGAAAUCACCUAGUCCUGUUCAAAGGAUAGAUCCUCACACUGGGACAAGUAUUCUUUAUGUACCUGCUGUUUAUGGAGGAAAUAUGGUCAUGUCUGUGCCUUUGCCAGUACCAUGGACAGGUUAUCAGAGUAGGUUUGCAGUUGACCCUCGAAUCAUUACUCAUCAAGCAGCCAUGGCAUAUAAUGUGAAUCUUUUACAAGCACAUGGCCGUGGGUCCCCUAUACCCUAUGGUCUUGGACAUCAUUCACCAGUUAGCAUAGGACAGCAGCAGCUUCAACAUUCAGAUAAAGAGCAACUUGAACAAAAUCGAAACAGCAAAAAUGAAGCUGGUGCUGGACCUGAAAUCAAUAAAAUUCGGACACCUGAGAAAAAACCUUUGGAAGCCAAACAGGUUGACUUAGAAGCAAAUUCCCAAAACAGAAGUCCGGAGUUGCGUUCCAGCACUGCUUAUCCCAAUUCUAAAUUUCCCCGCAAAGAUAAUCUUAACCCCAGGCAGCUGAAUCUUCACCUCACCCCUCCCCAUGCUCAAUAUGCUGUUCCUAAUCGCCACUUCCAGAACUUGUCUCAUAUUCCAAGGCAGCCAUACCCUGUACAACAACAGCAAAACCCCUUAAGUCAACAGCAAAAUCAUUUGUCUGAUCAGCAAAGUCAAAUGGAUCCACAACAAAACCAGAUAGUCCAGCAGCAUAAUCAUUUAAAUCAGCAGCCACCACAGCCACCUUCACAGCUUUCCCCAGCCUAUCAGUCCGGCCCCAACCACUCCUUCUUUAAAAACCCAGUUCCACACAGACCUCAUUCCCCUGGUGUAGAUGCUGUGCUUUCAGAGCAGCAUCCUCCCUCUCUAUUACAAGAAGUCACUAACCCUCUGAGACCCAUUGCACAGCACAACCCCAUGAUGCCACUCCACUUGAACCACUUCCUUGAAGAAAAUCCUCCAGGAAUGCCUGUUGGAGAGCAAUUAGAUCGUCUUCAUGGAAAUUUAGCUUUGGAAACCUUAAGGCAACAGCAAGCAAGACUACAACAGUGGAAUGAGCAUAGCGCCUAUCUCAGUCAGGGCAAUAUUCCUUAUUCUCACCAUCACCACCUUCACUUAUCCCACCUUUCUCAGCAGCCAAUUGGAUUGCAUCAGCAGCCAGUUAGGGCAAACUGGAAACUUGCCAACAAUGUAGAAGAUGAAACUGAGGCAACUUAUUCAAGGUUCCAGGAUUUGCUCCGAGAACUAUCACACCGUGAUCAAAAUGAAAACAGGGACUUAGUUGAAAUGCCACCACCUCAGUCAAGACUUUUGCAAUACAGACAAGUGCAACCCAGAAGCCCACCAGCACUCUCCUCUCCUUCAUGCAAUUCAAACCACAGUGGCCACUUCCCAAACUUCUCCGAGAACAGAGACAUUGAAAUAUCCAGCAACCCAGCAUUUCAGCAGCAUCUGCCUCAAAUGUACAAUCCCCCUUUCUCAAUGCCAUCUGAACACAUAACUCCACCUUCUUUGAAAUAUCUGCAACCUGAUGGAUCAUGGACUUAUGCUAAUCUACACCAGAAUCAUCUAAUGGGGCAAGGUUUUCAUUAUGGUAUACCUCCGUUGCCUCACAGAUCACAACAAAACCCUUUUAUCCAAAUACAGACCCAUCAGCACACAGUUGGUCAGGAACCAUUUCACACCCUUACUUCGCGAGCAGUAUCUGCUUCUUCAUCUUCACUGCACAGCCUAGAAGAGUAUGAACCAAGAGGGCCAGGCAGGCCGUUGUACCAAAGAAGAAUUUCAUCUAGUUCAACCCAGGCUUGUUCUGAAGAUUUAAACGCUCCUCAAGAUAGCCUUGGACAGAGUAAAGAGCUUCAGGGCCGUAGUAAUCCAUCUUCUUUCAAUUAUUCAUCCCCCGAAUUGUGGGUAAACUCCACCUCAUCAGCCCCAUAUCAGAACAUUCCAUGCAAUGGAUCCAAUAGAGCAGUCCCACCAAGAGAACUCUUAGUUCCAUCAAAGAGUGUCAAACCGCCUGAGGAACAGAUGAAAGUUGAAAACAUCCAGUUGUCCAGUUCUUUUAAUUACAAUGUGCUCCAGCAUCUUGGCCAGUUCCCUCCCCUCAUGCCCAACAAGCAGAUAAUUGAAUCCAACAGCAGCAGCCAGCCAAGUACUGGUGUGAAUAAGCCUGCCAUGUCCUACGCAAGUGCUCUGAGGGCUCCACCAAAGCCCAAAGCCCCUCCUGAGCAGGCAAAAAAGAAUAGUGAUCCCUUGUCUUUGUUUCAGGAACUUAGUCUAGGUAGUUCAUCAGGUAGCAAUGGCUUUUACUCCUAUUUUAAAUAAUCAGAAUAUUUUUGUAGAGAAAUUUUAAUUUCUAUUUGUGUCAGCAGAUUAAAACUAGUUGGGGCUUCCUAUGCAGUUGCCACCAUUUCUCUUUGUUUAUAUUAGUAAAUAUAUCUCAGUUUAAUUGCUUUGCUGCUAGACUUGAAGCUAACCUUUUUAAAUUAUAUUCCAUUUUUUUAAAUGUGGGUCAGACGUUUGACAUUUUUUCCCUAGAAAACACACACUUAAAAAAAAGAAAAAAUAUGUCACAUUAUGUGUGUUGCAUUAAAGCUAGCAGCUGAAAAGUUAACUGUGCGACUUUAAAAAAUAUAUAAUUUUUUUAAAAAAACUUGUCUAAAUUGUAUUUAAAAAAAAUUGUAAGUAGCAUUUACAUUUAUUCAAUAACAUUUAGCAUACUAUGCUGGGUUUCUGUACCAGAAAUGGCCAGUUAAUGUACAAAUGUAUGUUAUGUCUGCUUAAAUUGUUUAUUUUUUUUUAAAUAAAGGUGCAGCAUCUUCUAAUUACUUUCAGUUUUAUCAACUUUCUGUGAAGGGAUGCUGCAUUGUAAAACUUUUAUAGUUUUAGAACCUGUAUGAUGUUGAAUAGUAAUCUUUGACUGUAGAAUAAAGUGAAGACCUUUGCAGACCCACAUACCACUGUUUUUAACAUUUCAGAGUAAAACAAAAAGCAGUGGUCAAUAUAAAAAUUUUAAAGAUUGCACAUUUUAUUUUUGGACAGGCUGCUAAAUUUGGCUUGUUGGAAAGAUUAAUUUGAUAGGUUUUUUUAAAAAAAGAAUCAUGAAUUUUUUUCUCUAUGUUGGGUGCUUCGUAGUUUAAUAACUAUUUAAAAAAACUGAGUGAAUUUAGUAAACUAUUUGGGUCCCCUCCCAACUAUGCAUGUGUAAAUGCUUGUAAUCUGGUUUCUCCUCCUCUGGCUUCUCUAGUGGUAUUAAAAAUUGUGCCGCUUUAAGUCCCCUCCCCUCCCAGUAACACCUUUUGGUACAUUUUUUGAUGUUUACAUUAAAUGUGACAUUAUACACGGAUAUUCAAAUAUUUUGCUAACUGUUUUGUUUGAGGAACAUCAUUAAAAAGAUUUUUAUGUUUGUCAAAGGUGUAUCCAAAUUAAUCCAAAUUUUGGGGGGAGUCAAGUUGUAGGGGAGGGAGGGGGAGGAGAUGUGAUCUACAUGGUUGUUUUUAUCUUUGUAUGUUCUGCUGAGGUUUUCCACAAUCUUGGUCUUUUACCACUAUAUAUUGAAAGUGAAAUCUGUAAAGAAUUAUACAGCAAUAUGUAACAAAAUUUUGAAAAAAGAUUUUUUAGGGUAAUGCUUACCUUUCAGGUUGUGGUCUUGUACACUGUUCAUACUUUUGAAGUAAGGGGUGUAUCUUUUAUAGCUUCUAUGGAGGCACUUGUCCUCCUUUACACUUGAAAAGAUCUCUGAUCGGAGACAUUAAUUUUUAUUGAUAGUUUAAUUUAUUUUAAUUCCCCAUUGUAAGACAUGAGUAAUAUUUUCAGUAGUGUCAUUUUAAAAAUGUGCUUCUCUUUGAGGUGGCACAGCUUCCCACCGCUUUGAAAACACUGGGAUCUGUCCACAGCCUUUUGCUGAGCUACUGUAUUUGCUGCUGUAUUCAAUCUGAUAUGCGCUCUUGUUACAAUCCAUUUGUUCCUGUUGGGUUUUUGUAAAUUGUGGAAGUGAAAUCUCAGCUUGGGUGAAAUCAAUAUCACCUUUCUUACUGAUUUCAGAUAAGUCAGGAUUUCACUGAAGCGUUUUAUAUACUAGAUCUGCAUACUAAUUUAAUGCAUUGCAAUAUUUGAAUGGUUAUCAGAUUCAAGGUUCAGAAAUGCAGGGCAAAGCUGCGUGUCUAUGUAACUAUUUCUUAAUGUUAUAAAAUCAAACAAAAAGUGAAGGAGAAUGUUCCUGCUCAAUUUUACUUCUCAGUUUGAGCACGCAGUAUCAUAUCAGGACAGCCUUUCCCAACCAGUGUGCCUCCAGAUGUUGUUGGACCGCAACUCCCAUCAGCCUCAGCCAGCAUUGCCAGUGGUCAGGAAAGAUGGGAAUUGUGGUCCAACAACAUCUGAAGGCACACUGGUUGGGAAGGGCUGUAUCAGGAAGUUCCAAAGGCUAGGUUCUCUGAAUCUUCUGAAUCUUAAACAGAGCUCUCAUUAUUGUCAUUAGUAUUUUUGGCCAGCUGAGUACUGCAGACAAUGGACUGAUGAAAUUAAAUUGAUAUCUUAGCCGGUAUAAACAUGGUUAGCCCCAUUGAAAUGUGAAGCUGUUUCUGACUGUCAUCUCCUAAUGUUCUGAGUUGAAAUCCUGUCUCUAGUUACUCAUGACAAAUUCUACUGAAGACAUUGAAACUUACCUACCCAUAACCUAUGGCAUGUAGUCUUUGUCCACUUUAUGUGGGCAUGAUGAAGACUUAUUGGUGAUAUGUACAAAACUAGGGGUAGGCGACUCCAGAUGUUCUGAACUCCCAUCAUCUCUCAGCUUUGGCCAUGCUAGCUGAGUCUGAAGGGAGUUGUAAUCUAGAACAUCUGGAGGUUACCAGGUUGCCCACCCCUCAACUGUGAUAGCAGAUUAGUUAGAGCUCAAAUGCACUUGCUCAAGUCACUAUAACAUCAUGGGUUUCAAAAUCACACAUUAUUUAUAUAGUCUUACAAUUCUGUUCACCUUGCCUGAAAUAUUAAACUAAUAAAUAUUGCUUGUUCCUUUACUUUGAUCUGUGAGUUAGUUGAGGAACAAGUUCAAAUCAGACUGCAUCAUUUUAAACUGUCAUACAUUGGUAUUCUCAUUACAAGAACUUUCUAAAAACACUUAAAGCAUGUUUUCUUUUCUUUUGUUCCCUCUACCUCCAACCCCACCCUGGCCUUACUGUUGUUAAACAUGUUUCUGAUAGUUUUUGUAAACUAUGUCAGAAGCAUAUGCCUACAUGUGGGAGACUGAUUGUUUUACCUUUUCAGACUCCAGAAAUUUAAAAAAAAUUUCAAUGAAUUAGUUUAUAGCAUAGAUUUUAACAGACUGUGGAUUACAGUAAGACUUGGCAUAUAUGUGGAUCCUGGUGAGACUGAUUUUUCUGAGUUUUUAAAUGAAUAGUUUUAUCCAGAGAUUCAGAGCUAUAGCAGUUUCAAAAACAGAAUUAGCUUUGCAAAUGCUGAAAAGUUCCACACUAUUGCAGCUUGUUUGUUCCCAAUUCAUACUGGAUCAUAAAUAGGUCCUGAUGCUCUAUUAUGUUCAGACUGCUGAUGUUUAGUUUUAUCACUGGAAAAAUUCUGCAUAAAAGCAUUCUUACUGAUUUCGGUCAUCAUAGAAUUGCCAUCCGUUUAUCAGUAGAUUAUGCCAUUACUAAAGGCAUACACUUUGUUAAUUACUGUAAAAUAAUAAUUCUGAUGAUACUGUUCUUUUAAAAAACUUUUAGAGCUAUUGUGUACUUAGGCCUGUGGGCCUACUUUAUUCAAAUAUCUAAUUUUCAUAGUCCCUCCUCCUCCUCCCUAAAGGAGUAGGGCUUUUCACCAUUAUUUCAUUUCACAUAUUCAGGAACAAAAUAUACUAGUGUCAUGGGAACAAGCAUCUUUAUUUUAAUAGGAGCAUGUCAUGUAUCACUGUACUUAAAGAGAGUUUUAGAAUACAUUAGUGGAACUAGAAAAUAUAUCUCACUUAUGCUUAGUAAUAUUUAAAAGAAAAAGCUGCUGGUCGACAUAUUUGAUAUGUUAGGUAGAAUAAGUAUUUUUCUUCUUGCUGAAGGAUUCAUUUUGAAGGAAGCAUUCAACCUUGUAAAUUCAGAAAAAUGAAACUUAAAACUUCUGCUUACUAUGACAUAAAUCUAGAAAACUGAAUGGUUCCUGAUGUUAUGACAAUUUAACUUGUCAACCUCAUUUAAUUGUAUUAAGGUGUUGGAUAAACACUGGAUUCUCAAGUUUCUAUUUUUUCCCCAUUUCUGUUUCCCUGCCCAGAAGUCAUUUUACUUCUCAGUUAAUAUAAUCUUCCCUUUGUUCAUCUGAUGGGCCAAAUAUCCUAAUCCUACCAACUACGCUGUACCAAUCAACCUGCUGCUCUUCCAAUCUUAACAUGCAACUAGAUCAUUUUUAUCACUGAUUGAGAACCCCCAUCCAGGAUCUACCUGUGAUGGUUGAUUUCCAUAUUGAAUGCCCAUCAUAUAUCUCCUGUUCUUUAUGAAUAGAUAUCCCAAAUGUAGCAAAGGGUCCACCUCUUACUUGAUUAUUUUUGCUAAAUAAGUGCAUGCUUUCAAGUACAGAGACACCUCCACAAUAUGAUAGGGGAUCCCAAUCUCUGUCCCUGUAAGUGCAUAAGAUUAUUUAGCCUUAAAUGUAGUGGCAUCACAUAUUGGGGGGGAGCACACCCAGGGCUUCCCAACAUUAUAGACAGAUGUAUUUCAUUACUCAUUUGUGUAGAAGUGGACCUAGGUUUUAAGGGGUCCAAAGUAAGAGACAGGAAGACUUUAGAAAGCUAAUAUCCCACACUGAAGACAAUAUGAUAGGUCUGAGGUCUUCUUGUUUCUAGAAUUCAUUCUGGGAAAAUAUACUUGUCCAAACUGCUUGUCUAAGAAAUCCGAGCUUCCAAAAUUGAAUCUGAAGUGUUCCAUUAAAGAUUUAAUGAUCACGGGAUCCAAAAACUCCUGCCACCUGCUUCUUCAGCAUUUUUCUUCACCAUUUGUUCAUGUAUUACCAUUCCUUUAGGCAAAUUAUCAGUGUUCAAACAUCCCUGCACAGGACUCUUCUCUCUGUGCCUCUCUCCCAGCUCAUGUUAUGCACAACUCCACCAGACUGAGUUACUGCACCAAAGCCUCAAAUCUUGAAUCUUUUUUUCACCUCCUGAUCCUUUGAGGAUGGAGCUGGUGUGGCUUGUUUUAGUUGGUCAGAAUCUGAUUCAUAGUGAAUUGCAGCAUUUACUAAACAACUACGAACUAGACAAGUUACAUUUGGGAACAUUUAUUUUGUUUGUAGACUUGCAGCCCAAGUAUUUUGUACUAAAGUUUUCUGGCACUGGAGCUAUAGUAGAGUCACUUGUCUGAUUAUCCAAGAUAAUACAAUAAUGGUUUCUAUUAGGAUUCAGCUUUAAAUGAAUUAUGAAUGUUAAAUAAAUAAGAGUAGACUGUGUGGUAAAGAUAAGGGGUUGUAUCCAAUGAAAUCCUAUUAACCUUAGGACUUCUAUCUGUGCAAUGGGACUUCCUCUCCCCAUCCCCAAAAAACUGCUCUGGGGGGUUGUAGGACUACCCAGAACAAAUUUGGGGGGGUACAGGGAGAAGAGAGGUAGAGAUAGUCCCAUUAUGCAGGCUUGAAAUCCUUGUGCUAAUGGGAUGACGUGGUUGGAUGCAACCCAUGAUGAAUUCUGGAUCUGCUUCAUGUCCCAUCCAUAUCAGUAGAAAUGUUCCGAUUCAGUCAGGUCAUCCUCUCUGGUUGGGCAUUGUAUUUCUCUUCCCAGGUAAGAUUGAAUAUCCUUCCACUUUUAUUUUAUUAGUCUUUGCUGCAGGUAUUUACCAUCUUCUCUGUUGCAGUAUGCAUACCAGCUACUUAGCUAUCCACAUUGAUUUUGACAGCAGCCAUUACUCAUCUAAGAUGUGGAGUUGUUCAUAUAUCAAGGGGUUUUUUUGCUCAUUCUCUGAUACACUGUGGUAUAGCACCAUAUGGUAUCAUCAUAAAUCUAUUUCAAACUAUUGUUUAUUAUAUAUUUUUCUAAAUAACCCCCAUGCCCUCAUCUGCAGUAUGUCACUGCUGAUUGCCCUGGUCUAUUCUAAUAAGUGUAUUCUUUGUUUUGCUUCAGUGCACUCUGGGCUUUUUAACCAAGUAUUAAAUGUAAUAAUAAACCCUCAGUAAUCUACACUCUAACAAAUGUUCUACCUUCAGCACUGGCUUUAGCUAAAAGUGAGGUAAUGUUUAAUGACCUAUAGAAAUUGAGAGCGGAGGCAGAUAAAAAGUGUCCACACAGCUUUUGGAAGCAAAUACUUCAUAUUGUCUCAUCGUUUAGGCUGCCUUUAGUAUGAAUACAAUCACCAUAUAAAAGCCAUUUGAGAAUUAACAAAUUAAGUAACUUGAGACUCAUUUGCAAGGCAAUAGACCAGUUUAAGCAACUGGUAAGCUUUAAUAGAUACACCUAAAGGAGUGCAUAGGGCUGCUGAAGGAUUUAGUCACUUAGCAUAGAUAAAGUGGAGGUGCUGUAUGGGGCCUAUGCACAUGCCCAUUGUGAUUUGCACUAUUGUGGCUCAAAAGGGGGCAAACUGGUUGUAGCAUGACAUGAAUAGGACCCCUAUGGAAGCACCACUUUAUGCAACUGGUGCCACCAUACAUUCCUCACCAGGUUGUGAGCUCACCACUGACUUCACGUGUUCCUGCAGGUGAGACCCAAGCACAAAAUGGGAAACAAAACUCUGGGUGUAUGUGUCUUCAUCCUGUUGGAAACGGUGGAUGCAAAUAUUGGCAUAUGUAUCUCUCAAAGCUCCUGAAGCACAUCUGCAAGUUGCACGUGUCUGGGCCUAUCCAGAUGACAAUGUCCACCAUGACUUGGACAUGGGAGGGAAAUUACUACAGAAGAGAUACCAACUAGCUCAGGUUUUUUUGUGUAACAGUCUGGAUUGGGUUGUUCCACAAAUGCAGACCCUGCUCAUUGUUGGGGACUAGUAUUUUUAGAGUAGCAGGGAACACCCUCAUGUUAAUUAUAGGGAUCAGUUGUGCUGUAGCAGCACAACUAACUGUAAAACCUCAAUGUGGAAGCAGCCAUUUUUGUGUUAGGUCUUCUGUGCAUUUCUUGACAGAAAUACAUUGUAUAUGUUGCCUGACCCCAUGGCGUAUGGAAGGUAGUUAUCCUUUAUCCCAUCCAUUGCAGUAGCCCUCCUAUUCAUAUCAUCUCUGUUUGGGUCCCUGACUCCUUUGCCCUCGCAAUAUGCACCAGAUAACAAGUGCUGAUGCUCACUACCCAUAGGCAAAAUGCUGCCACCCACAACGCUAUUACUACAGCCCAGGGAUGGGGAACCGGUGUUGGGUCAAGCUCUUAUCAGCCCCAGCCAGCACGGCCGGUGAUCAGGGAUGACUGUGGUCAAGGAUGAUUGGAGUUGGAAUCCAACAUCAUCUGGAGGGUCACAGGUUCACAAUUCCUAUUAUAACCAGAUAUCUAGGACCAGUUAGUGCCAAGGUUGGGCCUGAUUUUUCUCAUUCUUGCAUUGUGUAGCCACAAUGUACAAUUAUGCAAACUUAAACCCCAUGGAUUUUUCAUGAGAUAACAGUGUUGCAUUGGUGUUGGGAAGGAGGACUGAACCUCUCUAAUUAGGAUACAGAUGUGAUUCUGUGGAUAAAUUAACCUUUAAUGUGGAUCUGUCAAUAACAUUGGAAGUUGGAAAAAUGAUCUAUUUUCAACUAUAUAUAUAAAAUUAUAAUAUAAUCCCAUUCUCUGAGAGGCAUGAAAAUAUCCACAAUAAAAUGAGCUUGUUAUGUUGCAAAUGAUACUCAUCAUGACUUGCUUUAGCAAAGAAAAUGGCCUUAUAUUAAAAACUUAGUACUUCUAGAAUUAGUGGAAAUAUCUGAUGUAGCUCAGAAGAGUUGCAAAGCACCAAGAAUGGUCUAAACCCUUCAGAACUCAAAUUGCAUUAACUGUUCACUAUUGGUUAAGACUGCUAAAUCCAGAAGGUGCUUUUAAAAUGGUUUCAAGUUUUUGUGAUUCCUUGUAAACUGCGUUGAGGACUGGGUCUUACAGUAUCUAUCUUCAAGUGUAAUGAUUGUCUUGGUGCACUCUUUUAUUUUUAAAGAUUAAUGGUAACACAAAAAUGUAUUUUACUGCUACAUUUAAAAUGUAUUUAUAAUAAA